AUGGACGCCGGUGACACGCGCUCCCAGGACGCCGAUGACACGUGCUCCCCGCCGCCGCCGAUUGAACCGGCGAAUUCACCUUCACUUCCUCAAUUUGAAGAAGAUUUCAUCAUCCUUUUAGAAACAUUGCCCGAGCUAUGGAAUGCCCAGCACAAAUAUUAUACAAACAAAUACAAGCGCCAAAUUGGAUACGAAAAGUUGCUCGACGUUUACAAGAAAAUCAAGAUACAAGCCUUUCUUGAGAAUGCUCAUGCAGACAUUCCGAAAUAUUUAGAUACGUUUUUGGAAGAGUUUAUGAUGUUUGAUGUACAUAAAAGAAAAACAAAGCUGGAGAAGGAGCCGGAGCCAACGUAUACUGCAGAAGAUCCCGAACUACAGGAUGCUAAUGAUGAUGAGACGACCAAUGAAGACGAUAAUGAAACAUUUACUAGUUUUGGAGUGAAAAAAGAUUAUAUAGCCCAUUCCAUUAUUUCCGCAAUUCGUCCAAAAUCAUUUAUAUCUUCUCUUUUAUUAUCUACUGGAUUAUAUAUUAACCGUAAAUCAGGAUCGAAACUGAUAGUUAAUUUAUUGGCAAAGCUUGGGGUAUGUGCGUCUUAUCACAGCGUAGCUUUACAUGAAUUAUCUGCGAUAAAAGCUGAAGUGAGUAAAAUUGUCAAACCGUGUUUCACACAGUAUGUAUACGACAAUGCGGAUCAUAACCCAUGUACCAUUGAUGGAAAAAAUACGAUGCAUAUUAUGGGAGGCAUUUGCUGUGUUGCUCCUAGACAUGCUGUCUGUACUUCUGGGGAAAUCCCAAAAUUGAAAAGACUACCAGCCGCAACUGAAGUUGCUUCUAUAGGAAGCGUUGAAUUAAGAGAUUUCCCCGAUCAAGAAACAUCACUGAAACCGCUGAAGUAUUUAGACGUAACCGGAUUUAAAUUUGGAGAUGUUGUUCCAGGAAUUACAACAGUAUAUUCCACACAUAUUUGGGCAUCAUACAUAAAAGUUCCAAAAUUACCUUGUAUUCGUGGCUUAUUUGACAAAAUCGCUAAAAUACCGACUUACCAAGUUUCCAGAAUUUUUUGUUUGCCAUUUAUAGAUGAGAAUCCAUCAGACUUCAAGACAAUUUAUACAGCAUUGCAUUAUGCUGCAGAACAUUGUAAAGGAACAGACCGUCAAACCUGCUUCGUAACCUUCGACUAUCCUCUCUACAUUAAAGCAAAACAAAUACUCUGCAACACCAAAGAUGAAAAUUUACAAAAUGUGAUCCCUCGCCUAGGAGGAUUCCAUUUGCUGAUGUCCUACUUAAAAGCUAUUGGAACAAUAAUGGAGGGUUCAGGUAUAUUCGAACUAUUUUGCACAGUAUUUGCCCAAAAUUCGGUAGAUAAAAUGUUGUCGUGUACAGCUUACUCCAGAGCAAUCCGUGCUCAUAUGCUGGCAAUGAAUGCAAUAGGUGAAAUAAUUGCUGAGUUCGCAGAAAGUUCAGAAAACGUAGACAGCCACGAAAACAUUGAGUACAUAAAAGAGUCUCGACCACUGGAAGCUCCUCCUUCUUUCAUGAGUAUUUCACGGCAAAUUGAGGAGAAAAAAGUAACGAUUUCUAAUUUAUUUGCUGAUUUGAAGAACUAUUCACCAACUCUAGAUCAAGUGUAUGAUACUGAAGAUGCUGUAGCCCUGUUAAACCUAUUUGUUAGUGCUACUACCACUUUACAGCGUAAAAGUCCAACUGCUGAACUGUGGUUACAGUACUUUAACUGUAUUAUUGUGGCAUUGCGAUUCAUCGAGGCUGAACGUUUGGGUUACUGGAACUUACAUUUAUCAUGUAUUCAACAAAUGCUACCAAUAUUUCACGCCGCAGUGCAUUAUAGCUCGGACUUAGUUAUCGAAACGUUGAUGCCCGAAGUUUCAGUAACGCCGCUUUCAGCUUCCCAGCUGAUGAUAAACUCUGCACAAUCAACAGCUAAACUCAGCGUUAUCAAUACUUUUGCCGGAAUUAACGAGCGUCCAGUCAUGGAUAACGCCAUGGGAUACUUCGUCGCAUCAUUAAUAUGCCCCGGAAGCAUAAUAUUCAGUAUAAGCUUCGAUGAUAUUCCUAAAGACGACAUAUACGUGCGCGGCUUCGCUGCUCGUGCAGCGAAAAUUCUAUUCUCUUAUAAUCACGUUGCUAGAUGGAACUCACUCGACGAUGCCUCAGUUAGAGUAGUAGAAAGCGCUCUUGUACGAUGUGGUUUAGCAGCUGGAAUACUUGAAACAGUUAUGGCUCGGGAGUUCCCUCUCGCUAGUGUUGCUGCCGCCCCUCGUGCCCAACUUGACGGUUUGAACAUGCUACAGACGCAAGACGUUGGUACAGGAUGGAGAGAAUCGGGCGGGAUGCGUUACGCCGACGCUUCUCAUACGAAUCCUUAUUUAGAGUGCCAAAAUCGGCAGUCUCCAUUAGAUGAUCUAGUCGGGUUAGACGAAGAAACCAUCAACGGUGAAUAUGCGGCCUGGAACACACGCGUCGCAGUGCACAGAUUUUUGGCAUGUCUCGCCAGAGGCAGAAUACAAAAGACUCCGAUGAACGGGAUAGAUACUGUCUUUGAUGUGUGUGCGCACAGGAUAUUCCGUUUUUUCGUAGCCAUGAAUAACUAUGAUCGCGAGAACUGGUACUCCUCUUUAAGAUUAAGCGAAAUGCGGGCUCAGAAUAUGUUCGCUAACGACAUAGAGAUGCCGGUGAGAAAACUACUCUUCCGCUAUCGCUGCGGACAAGAUAGUGGAGAACAUGCAGCAGAGCCAGUGGGCGGCCGAGGUGAAGACUACGGCCGGAAGCAGCUCAGCGACAACCGAGCCAGUAAGCCUAAUCUAAGCGCUGUUACUAAAGUGUGGAGUGACCUUAAAAACAACACGAAACGCAAGCCAGCCAAAAUCAGCCGAGCUGCCAGUGGUACUGGUGGUGGACCGGCGUGUAAGCUGGUCUUGACAGACUUGGAGCAGCGAGUACUGGAAUUGAUAGGAACCCAGGCCGCUGCAGGUCUGCCAUAUAUUGCUGAAGUUGGUUUGGAGUUCCAGCCAACUUUAGCUGUAGACCAGCAACAUGAUGCAAGAGCAUCAACUCCACCACCAUCACCACAACCACAGCCCUCUACAUCCCGGCAAGUCAACAUCCAAGUUGAGAACAUGCCAGACAGAAGUAGCCCCUUCACUGUUGAGGACGUGGUAGGAGGUGCAACCUCACCCACUCCUCAUCAUGCAAGUCAGGUGGGGAGUCCUAGUCACCGUGGCGCCAGUUCCAGCACUCGACGCGCUAGUCGCCAGCGGCGUAGGUACAUUGCCCCCGCGUCGCUCUCGUCCGGCUGA